GUGUUUGCACCGCUUGCGAUGUGCGAUAAUUAUGAAAGUUCAAAUUUUGAUUUUGUUGAGUGUAGUGGUUUCCACUCUCGUUCAUGGCCGCAAAGGCUUCGGUCCUGGUGAGCAAGACUGGGGCUAUAUAAAAGUGCGAGAAAAAUCUUACAUGUUCUGGUGGCUAUAUUAUACAACAGCUAGUUCAGAUGCCAAAGACAGGCCUCUGAUCAUCUGGCUGCAAGGAGGACCGGGAGGAUCCUCCACAGGAUUGGGCAAUUUUAACGAAAUCGGCCCGUGGGACGUCCAUUUACAAAAUCGUUCGUUUUCUUGGGUAAAUUUUGCGAAUAUAUUAUUUGUUGACAAUCCGGUCGGUACCGGAUUCAGUUAUAUAGAGGAGGGAUCAGAUGGUUUCGCCAAAGACAACGCCGCAAUUGCCCGCGACUUUCUGGAAUUUUUGAACGGAUUUUUCGAAAAAUUUCCAGAUUUUCAGAGUGUGCCUUUGUAUAUUUUCGGACAAUCUUACGGAGGAAAAAUGGCUGUGGAUAUCGCGCUCUUACUCGUUGAGAAAGUACGAAAUGGAGGAAUCCAAUGCAAUCUAAAAGGACUCGGAUUGGGAGAUGCUUGGAUAUCGCCACUCAAUUCGUUGCUCUCUUGGCCAGAGUAUUUAUUUAACCUGGGGUUUAUCGAUUCAGAUGGAUUGGAACUGGUGAGCAUCGUGACGUCUAUAGCUGAAGCGGAAUAUUCAAACGAACACUACGAAAAUGUAACCAAGCUGUUCCUAGUGACGCAAAUAAUCAUCAACGACCUAACGAACCAUGUGAAUUUUUAUAACAUAUUAUCCAAAACUAAAAAAUACCUUACCAGAGAUUCAUCGAGUUCCUGGGGUAAUCACUACUUGCCCGAUAGGAGUGGCGAUGAAGCUUUGAAUAAAUUAAUGAAUAACGAAGUAAAGAGUGCCUUAAAUAUCAAUUCAACUAUACAAUGGGGUGCACAAGGAAACUACGUUUUUAAAGCAGUCGAAGCCGAUAUGAUGAAACCAGUGACGAAUGGCGUGGAAAGAAUUUUGAACGACACUAACUUAACAGUAGCCGUCUACAAUGGCCAACUGGAUCUAAUUGUUGCAACACCUGGAACAUUGAAAUGGGUCGACAACUUAAAAUGGAACAAAGCUAAUGAAUGGACUACAAAUACCCUUAGAAAAUCUUUUGCUGUUGGCCAUAUCAUAGAGGGUUACGAAAAAUCAACUGAAAAUCUCCAUUUGUAUUGGGUGAACCGAGCAGGGCAUUCGGUGCCGGCGGACAACCCGGCUGCAAUGGAAUACAUACUAAGACAGACAACGAAUAAUUUUAAUGUAGAUAAUUAAGAUAGAUACCAUUUAUUUAUUUAUUUAUUCAUGUAUAUUAUUAAAAAUGCCGCCAUCCUGAUUUUGUU